CAACGCACACUGAGACCUUGGACGCUGGGACCCGAGAGAACAAACUUUUAGCACACUUGUGCUAGCUUUGUUCAUUGUUUUUAGCUAAAUUAAUUUAACAUUGUAUAGAUUACAGACAAACUGCUGCAUCCGGGCUACAUAACUACUAGUUGGUGGAGGGUAAACACAAAGUUUAACUUAGUUUACCCACCUUUUAGGCUGAUACCUAACGUUAUAAAUCUUUAUGGAAGACUUAAAACAAACUGAUGUAAGCUAAUCUUUAGCUCAAGGAGUAGCUAAAAGUAUGACCUGCACAAGUAAAUGUCACAUAGCCACCAGAAAAAAAGAGAAUUUUUGUUGCAAAAGUGCAAAAGGUCAGUGGAUACAGCAGAGUCCUGUGUAGAAAGUGGUGAAGAUGGUGGCCCCAGGAGAGGAGACGAAAACAACAACAGUAGUCUUCCCCAGUCCCACCCUGAGGCUGCUGUCUCAAAGGAAUGGGACAUCAAAUGGGAGGACACUUGGAAAGCAGAAUUUGUUCAAGCAGGAUGUAAAACAAGCUACGGGCAAGGAAAAAAACUCAAAGAGCAAGCAGCAUGUGUUCACUCAUGGUCUCCAUCACCUACAACAUUUCUCCUGUGACAGCCCUGUGCGUUUCAUGAUGUAUUCUGAAGCUGCUGCAGCAUUCAUUAGCCUCCACUCAAACAACACAGUCUGCCUUUACAAAGCUGAUGGCCACAAGCAGACUUCCUUAGCACACCUCCCUUUCAUGGGCCUCACCGCCACAAAGAUCUCUGGCUGUCUGGUGGGUUGGGGCCCAGGGCCUGUCUUCACACUUCUGGACAGUGAGCUACACCUCCUGGAUGUUGCUCACGAUGCUCUGGACAUACGUGUGUGUCAGGCUGCAGAACACUCCACGGAGUUGGUGACUGCAGGUGUGGGGAACGUGUGCGUGUGGUCGGUGAUGCUCAUGAGGUGUAAGUUGAAGAUACAGGAGGGCCUGCAGCUCAGCACUUUCACUCAAAUGGCAUUGGCUCCCCCACGUUCUGACAGGCCCCAUAGAGCCUUCGUUGUGUGCGGCUGGGUCGUGACGGUGGUCGACAUCGACGCCGGGAAGGUUUUGGAGCACAGAAAGGAUCUCUGCUCACAAGAUAUCACUGCAUUGGUGUACUGCUCUCAACUGGACUGUUUGAUCACUGCAUCUCAAGAACUCUCCAUUAGGAUAUGGGGUCCAGACUGGGAACUGCGUGUGGCUUUUGUAGGACAUAAUGGUGUGGUUAACUCACUGUUCUACUGCCCUUCAUUAAGCAUGCUGUUUUCAGCCUCUGUGGAUUGUACGAUCCGCUGCUGGAACGUGGAAGAGGGUGAUGUGGUCGAGUGUGUCCACACAGAGCAGAAAAACACUCCCGUGUGCAUAGGAGGCACUAAAAAGGGAGAUACUUUCUUCUCCUUCUCUCACCAGGGAGUUGAUUUCUGGACCAUCAGAACCGUGUACACUCUCCACUGUAAACUCAAAGGGGAUGAAGGAGCCCCACUGAGACAAAUCCUAGUUUCCCCCUUCCCUGCUCCUUACCCUACACGGGUCCUCUGCAUCAGCGGGGACAGCAAUAUCAUGCUUGUGGCUGCAGAAACAGGAGCAGUGUUGACUUCCUUCAAGGCAAAGCAGAGGAUUUUGUGUGCUGACUACUGCCUGCAAAAAGAGAUUCUGUUGGCUCUGACUGAGACAGGUACGGUGCUCCAAGCCAACACACUCACUAAUCCAAUCACUUUGAUGCAAGAGUGGAAGGAGAGAGGCCAGGGGCCCUGGCAGCCUAGGGACAAUGUGACUGAGAAUGACGCCCAGAAUCUGCCGAUCCCUGGCCCGGCUUGCUGCCUGGUACUCUACAGUUAUGUGGCUGAGACACAGAGAGCUUUAGAAGAGUGGAGGAGUUUGCAGGAGAGAAGAGGAUGCAGUCACAGAAACAAGGCAGCUCUUGAUGAUGCCAAGAAUAAGUUUUUGAUCGUCCUUGGCCAAAGUGGAGGCUGUGUGAGUGUUCUGACAUUGGAUAAUGGGAAGGUCUUGUACAGGACGCCGGCACACAAUGGCCAGAGAGUCACUACAAUGCAGGUGUACUCUGAGAAUGGCUACCUCCUCUCCACAGGUGAGGACAUGACAGUGGUGGUGUGGAGAGUAAACCCCUACGUCCAGGAGUGUCUCAGCCAACAGAUGAGCCUGCGCUGUGGGCAGCCUCAAGUCUACCUGGCAGCGCUGUGGCCCCUGCUGGCCCUGACCUUUCAAGACCCCAACAGUGGCACCUACAACCUGAAACACUUUCACCUACUCAACCAGAGCCAGAGCGAUUACUCACCCAAGGAAGGACAUUUAGACCAUUUCACAGGAUCGUGUGUGUGUCCUGAUCUUGAGGUGUUUGUCUCCAGCAGUCUAGAUGGGACAGUGUGUAUCUGGAAUGAGGAGAAUCACCUCAUUAGGACGCUGCAGCUGAAUGCAGUGCCUGAGUGUCUGGCUUACAGUGGGUUUGGAGGGGAACUGUUUCUUGGCAUCAGAGGGGAUCUGUACAGAAUGAAUUGCGCAAAGUUCCUGUCACACAAAUACCAACAAAUGCUCCUUUACACUUAUCGUGCUGAGCGCCUUCAAGACAUGCCUAUCAUCCAGAAUAAUGAAGAGUGCAAAAAAGCAAAGAAUGCAAGCGCAGACAAAGAUGAGGAAGAGGAAUUGCCAGCAAUCAGCAGCAAUUUAUUAUUGACCAAAGACAUGUGGAGACAGAAGGAGUACGAGAGCUUAGAGAGCUCGAACAUGGACCUAGCUGCACUCCUGCAAGGCUCAAUAAAAUGCAAAAAAGGAAAGCCUCCCAGCACAAAGGAAACCAAGAGGGAGGCUUUUGAUCGCUACAUGAAAAUAAUAUAUAGGUUGCCCCCCAAUAUUAAGAUUGAUUUGGAGGACACCUUUGACCCAGAUGAACUUUCAUUUUGUCCUAAGCCAUAUGACAACACGCCCUAUAAACCCCCUCCCUUAAAAGAGGACAUCCACCCCCCUGAAUCUAAAUUAAACAUUCCUGUGAAUGUGGAGAAAAAGAAGAAGAAAAAGGCUCCAGCAACAAAAUCUAAACCAGAGACCCUGAUGAAAGUCAAGCCAAGGCCUGUUGCCAAAGUCAUACCCAAGAAACCCAUCAUAGUGGAGAAGUAUGAAGAGCCUCCAGAGAUAAUUUUUCCAAUAGAGAAACCCAAACCAAAAACUUCUGCUCCACCUACUCGCCGUUCAAAGACCCCAACACCACCCCCAACACGGGAACCCAGCCCUGAAGUGCCGACGUUCCUCAAACAGUUUGCAGAUGCGGGUUGGUUUAAAGACCUGUAUCCUGAUAAAAAGUGUAUCCCAAGCACCCUUUCUCCAGAGGACUUCUCAGUGCAGCUGCUGGGAUAUCUAGACAGUGCUCCGUCUAAGCUUAAGACCCUCGCUGCACUGCAGGCACUGUACAGCCAGGGACUCCUACAGAAUACAGACAGGCUUUACCAAGGCCUCAUUGACUUGGUGCCCACAUUUGUGAGACCUCACAUGUCACCUGUGGAACGGAUUGUACUUGUUGAAACAUUUAAUCUGUUGAUGCAUCUUAAAUCUGCCGGCCAUGACCUGGUGAAAAAGCUUCUCACUCUUCUGGCUUUUAAAAAACUGGGUCUCCGAGAAACAGUGCUGCGCAUGCUGACUGCAUUAGGCGUAAAUGAGGCUGAGCAGUGGUUGUGGCCAGAGCUGGAGAGCUGGGACUCUGAGCUGAAGGACCAGUCUGACAUCUGGAAGAGCCUCCAUGACAGAGCAGAUUGUUGGCUGGAGCUAUGGAUCUCCAACUACAAAGCACAUCAAAGGUAUCUGUACCUCACUAGUACAGCGAAGUGGAAGCCGACAACCUUCAGCAUGGAGGAUGUGCUGAAUUAUUUCUGCUCUGUCCAAAAAGAAGAGUACAGAAAGGCCCGAUGUGUUGCACCUGCUCGUCGCAAAAACACAGUGCUUUUGCCCUUAUAUGACUGUAGUUCUCAACCAAUCCUUCGUCUAGGAGAGACUUACAGCAUGGCCAGGAUACCCAGGCCACCAGGUAUAAUUCUGCCUCCCCUGAGAAACCGUCCCUUCCUCAUGCACUUCCCCAAUUUCAUCUCUUUGCCGUUACCUCGGGUCACUCUUUGCCCCUUUCACACCUACUCAGAUGAGGACUGGGUGAAGGCCUCACCUCGCCGCUACUUCAUUCAACAGCAGUCUUACGUAGAGUACUACAGGUGAUGCCUCUUUGUCUGUAACACUCCUAUUAACACCUGAUGAGCCAUACAACAAACAUUUUGAAGUAUGUUAAUUAGUUUUGACAAUUAAAUGACUCUUAAAACUUUG